CACUGCAUUACACUUAGACUUAGUACGCCACUGUUUUUGGUAACUCACAUUCUGUGAAACUAAUAAGAGGAAUGUCUCAUUGAAGGUAAAGGGAAACUAGUUUGUGGAUGACUGCAGCUGUGCUUGUGGGUGGGACCAGUUGUAUUUUGAGGACCUCUCCAGCGUCCUCAAUAGGCCUGCGGAUUUAUAGGACAGCUGUCUGGGAGGCACACACCUUUCUACCAAGAGGUCUCUUCUAUUUUCCUGAAUGGAACAACUUUUGUAGUUGUCUCAGGUUGCUGCACUUUCGUCACACAAAGAGUUUUUUUUAAGAUGAGUGGUACUUCAAGGCAUCGUCUUGCUAUCAGUGUGACGCUUGUUUCACACAUGUGGAUGUGCAUCUUGGUUGGCCUGAACAUCAUCACAAUCGUGUGUGGGUAUUCAGAUGGCAUAGUCCCAGAGCCGUGUGAAUCCAUGUCCCCAAAGCAUCAGCUUGAUGGAGGGCAUUAUUGUCCUCCUAAGACCACUGAAUCUCCAUUUAUGGUUGACUACGUACCAGUCAGUGAUCCCAAGGAUCCUGUUACAGUAAUCCUUAAGACGAAGGAGGGCUAUGCGCAGACAUUUAUGGGAUUUAUGUUGGAGGCUCGACGGACAAGUAUGGGGGACAGUGGGCAUCCAGUUGGAAAAUUUAUCCUACUUGAGCCAGAUAAAUCUCGACUCUUGACAUGCCAUGGUGUAGAAGGUUUGGUUGUUAGUCAAAGAAACAAUCAAAUGAAGAGUCUAAUCAGAGUUAACUGGACAGCCCCGGAAGAAGAAAAGUUUCCAACAGAUAUCAUUUUCAGAGCCACAUUUGUUCAGACAUAUGACACAUUCUGGGAACGUGUCAAUAUAAAUUUAAGUCUACCAACAACUACUACAGAGCCAAGUACUACAACAAGUACCACAAAGCCAAGUACUACAACAACUACCACAAAACCAAGUACUACAACAACUACUACAGAGCCAAGUACUACAACAAGUACCACGAAGCCAAGUACUACAACUAAUACCACAAAGCCAAGUACUACAACAAGUACCACAAAGCCAAGUACGACAACAACUACCACAAAGCCAAGUACCACAACAAGUACGACAAAUCCAAGUACUACAACAACUACCACAAAGCCAAGUACUACAACAAGUACCACAAAGCCAAGUACGACAACAACUACCACAAAGGCAAGUACUACAACAAGUACCACAAAGCCAAGUACGACAACAACUACCACAAAGCCAAGUACUACAACAAGUACCACAAAGCCAAGUACUACAACAACUACCACAAAGCCAAGUACCACAACAAGUACGACAAAGCCAAGUAUUACAACUAAUACCACAAAGCCAAGUACGACAACAACUACCACAAAGCCAAGUACUACAACAAGUACCACAAAGCCAACUACAACAACAACUACUACAAAGGCAAGUACUACAACAAGUACCACAAAGCCAAGUACUACAAUAACUACCACAAAGCCAAGUACCACAACAAGUAUGACAAAGCCAAGUACUACAACAAGUACCACAAAGCCAAGUACUACAACAACUACCACAAAGCCAAGUACUACCAGAACUAUCACAAAGCCAAGUACUACAACAAGUACUAUAAAGGCAAGUACUACAACAAGUACCACAAAGUUAAGUACAACAACAAGUUCCACAAAGCCAAGUACUACAACAAGUACCACAAAGUUAAGUACAACAACAAGUUCCACAAAGGCAAGUACUACAACAACUACCACAAAGCCAAGUACUACCAGAACUAUCACAAAGCCAAGUACUACAACAACUACCACAAAGCCAAGUACGACAAGUAUGACAACAAAUACCACAAACCUAAUGACGACACGUAUGGAAAAAAAUAUCAAAACGGUCACUCUUGUUGCACUCGUAAUGUUGGUGAUUACUGGGAUAGAGCUGUUGCUGCAGGCUUUGCCGUUAGGACCCAGCCAUGAACUUAAGGAGAUCAGGGACGUCACUUUCAGAGUGUGUACUACAAUCCAAGUGAUUCUCACAACUGCCAUUACCUUUGUUGGUGUCAUGGAUCUUGAUGACUGUGGAGCCACCUGGGAAGAUUCUUGGCUGAAGAAAGUCAUGAUUGCUUUCUCUGUGUGGAUGUUCCUGUUUGUAAUUUGGGUUUUCGUAUCCAGCCCAAUACUGGCAAGAAGGAAAAUAGGGAGCUCACAAAAGAAGGAGCCCAAACGCAAAAAGUUGCAGCUUCCCGUUUCAAAAGGUGGACUCUACUCACUUUAACAUUCAUAAGCAAAAGCUUCAUAAGAAAAAGUAUUUUUGCUAGCUAUAAUACACACAGAGACAUCCCAGUAGGCUCUGAAGUUGAUGUCACUAGCGGAGGACGAUGGUUUUAACAACAAACUCUUCUUUCUAGUUAUCAAAAUAAACUUUAUUGAAAAUAUUCAAGUGUUCAUACAAAUAACAUAAAUUUGACGUCAGAAUGAUAACAUAAGGGCAAUGAGCAGAAAGAACACUACAUGAACAGUAUAAUGCAGCACAAAUUAGAACGAUAUACCAGCAAGAAAACUUGUUUGAACUCUGACGUAACAGAUACAAAAUCAAAUGAUGAUUUUUUUUUAAAAACAUUUUUUCGGUAUGUUUCAAAUCCAAUCUUCAUGUAUUUAAGGCACAUUUUUGUGGACUAAUAUUCAGUUAAAAUAUUUUUACAAAUCUGAACCACUUUGUGAGCACCUGCAGGUUUUUAAAGGUUGAUAAAAUUGUAUACUUCUGUAUUUUUUUCUGUGUCUUGCCCGGUGCAAGUUACAGUUGCCUUUUUGUAUCCAAUAUAUUUACAGCAUAUUUACAAACAAAUAUACAUAUUCAGAAAUAUCUGACAGUAUAAAACAGGGAUCUAAACUUCAUAUGAUAGAUGGUUAAAGGAAAAAGGAAUUUUUUUUUCAGCAAAUACG